AUGCUCAUUAAAAUAAACUUCAAAGGAGAAUUCUUUUUAUUGGCCAUUGUUUUGUUUUCUAAUGGUCAAUUUCAGCCUUCUAAAUUGGAACUUGCAGAAAGGCUGAGAUACAUUGGAACAAUGAUCCAAAUAAUCUUUAAUGUUUUGAAUUAUAAAAUGCCGCCAACCAGAUUAUGUCAACAUCAUAGCAUUAGGGACACUUUGUAUAAUCCGAUGUCUUUUCUUCAAAUGGCCGAACUCUCACAAAUAAUGCAAUACUUAGGGGUGACAGUAGUGGAAGUAGCUAGUAUGAAAUUUCUUGGGCACUUACCCGCAUGA